AUGUCCGCUUCGUCAUUACACGACAUUGAAGCCCAGUCCUCACCCUCAAGCACAUCAGACUCGGAAACUUCCACAGUGUUACAACCUGCCCGAUCCAACCAAGGCGGCGUUCACUCGGACAAGGAGCAUGAUGGCUAUCGGCCAUGUCAGUGUGAAGACGGUCUGCGGCGGCUGAGCCGACCGGGCCUCAACCGCAGCGAGAGCAUCGUGGCCCGCGUGCGGUCGAGGCCGACGGUGCCGCGGUUCACGCACCCGUUGGCGCGGGAGAAGACGUCGCAGGACCAGCUCGUGGACUUUGACGGGCCCGACGACCCCUACCGGCCCAUCAACUGGCCGAUGCACAAAAAGGUCAGCACGACGCUGUUGUACGGCCUCGUGACCAUGAGUGCCACCUGGGCCUCGUCGUCGUACUCGGCGGGCACGGAUCAGGUGGCCGAGGAGUUUCACGUCGGCACACAAGUCGCCGUCCUGGGUACAACGCUGUUUCUCGUGGGCUUUGGUGUCGGCCCGCUGCUCUGGGCACCGCUCUCCGAGGUCUAUGGACGGAGAAUCGCCGUGCUGAUCCCCAUGUUUGUGGCAAUUUGUUUCUCCUUUGCGACAGCAACGGCGACGAACCUGCAGACCAUUAUGAUUACACGCUUCUUUGGAGCCUUUUUCGCCUCGGCGCCCGUCACCAACACUGGUGGUGUCCUGGGCGACCUAUUCUCUCCGGCCCAUCGCGGUAUCGCAAUGGCAGGUUACGCAAUGGCUGUGGUUGGCGGUCCGACAUUAGGACCCAUCGUCUCAGCUGCCGUUGUGGCACAGCCAUGGCUAGGCUGGCGAUGGACGGAGUAUCUCACGGGCAUCUUGCAGUCGUUCAUCUUGUUGAUGGCCAUCAUCUUCAUCGAUGAAUCGUAUCCUCCCAAGUUGCUCGUUUCCAAGGCCAGAAACCUUCGGCACGAGACUGGCAACUGGGCCCUGCACGCCAAGUUUGAGGAGUGGGAUGUCAGCAUCUCUGAGCUCUCGAGGAAAUUCCUGGUCCGUCCGAUACAAUUGUUGUGCACUCCAAUUUGUCUGCUUGUAGCUCUGUAUGCGAGCUUCUGUUACGGCAUCCUCUAUAUGCAGUUGGGAGCGGUUCCCAUAAUCUUUAAUGAAAUCAGAGGAUGGGGUACUUUCACAUCGGAAUUGCCUUUUAUUGCAAUACUCCUGGGAUCAAUAACUGGUGCAGGCAUCAAUAUUGCCAAUCAGUUCUGGUACAAUAAGGCUUAUCAUGCUGCAGGCGACCGCGCAGUUCCAGAGAAAAGAUUACCGCCGAUGAUGUUGGGAUCCGUUCUCUUUGGAGGCAGUUUAUUCAUGACUGGAUGGACUGCCCAGCCGGAUGUGCAUUGGAUUGUACCCGUUAUAGGCUUGUAUCUCACGGGAACUGGAUUUAAUACCAUUUUCCAAGCUGCGCUGAAUUACUUGGUCGAUACUUUUCAAAUGUACGCAGCGAGUGCCGUGGCGGCGAAUACGUUUUUGAGAAGUUGCUUUGCUGCAGCUUUCCCUUUGGUAGUAUCGCCGCUGUAUCAUAACAUUGGCGUUGGACCAGGCUCGAGUAUAUUUGGAGGCUUUGCCUGCCUGAUGAUUCCUGUGCCAUUCAUAUUUUACGUCUUUGGCAAGAGGAUUAGAGCUGGAAGCAAGUGGAGUAAAGCGAGUGUAUUUUGA